CUGGGUAACUAAUAAAGAGGAUGGUAGAUGCAGUAGAGAUGUCAGAACGUCUUUGUCAAAGUAGACAAAAACAAGGACAGCUUGCCAAACUGAUUCAGGUCUGACUAAUGAGAAACCGAAGCUUUUUAGUCCUCGUUCAUCAGAAAAAUCCAUCCAAGAAUGCUUUCAUAGAGGCAAAACGGUCGAAAUUCAUCUCAUUGGACUGAAUCUCGAUCCCCAGUUUGAACUACAAAGAAAAACUUUUGCAAUCCAUUUAAAAAUACAACAGAAAAGGAGAAGAAAGAGCAAACAAGGAGAAGAUUUUAGAGAUUUCAUCUUCCUUGGCUAGUUUUAUUCUUUCAUGUAAAAGUAAGAGACACGUACUAGUCCAGGGCUCGUGAGUCUGAAUUCCAACGACUUUUGAUCUCCAAUGUUGAAUAUCAUUCGUACAAAGGAUUUUCGGAUUUUCGUUGCAACAUGGAACGUAGGAGGAAAAUCACCUCACAAUGGGCUGAAUCUCGAUGGUUUUCUAUGCAUUGAUGAUCCAUCAGACGUUUACAUUUUGGGAUUUCAGGAGAUAGUCCCUCUCAAUGCCGGGAAUGUGCUCGUUAUGGAAGACAACGAACCUGCAGCGAGAUGGCUGUCUUUGAUCAACCAAACACUCAACAAAUCCCAUUCCAUCAAAGACCCAAACAGCUCAAACAUCCCAUCUAACUACACUGCCUCCUUUUCCUCCCAAGCUUCAAGCACAAGACCAUUGCUCUCUAACAAGGAGUUGAAAAGAUCUAGCGGUCUACAAUUCUUCCACAAGCCUUCUCUCAAAACAGUCAGUCAGAAUUUCAGGACAGUGGAGGGGAGGCAGCUCAAGACAUGUAACUGUCCGUCUGAAGCAGGGAAGAAGCAUGAGUCAUGUUUCAACUGCCAUCAGUCGUACAUAGAGGAAGUGGACCAUUCGUCAGACGAUGAGGAGAAUUCGGGCCGUUUCAUGGCUACAGCCGAUGUCGCUAGUGCUUAUGCUUUGAAUAUGAAUCAGCUGAACUACAGCCUUAUAGCUAGCAAGCAGAUGGUUGGGAUCUUCAUUACCAUUUGGGUGCGGAAGGAGCUUGCUCAGUACAUUGGACACUUGAGAUUAUUGUGCAUUGGACGUGGAAUCAUGGGCUGUCUUGGAAACAAGGGGUGUAUUGCAGUGAGCAUGUCUUUGCAUCAAACAACCUUCUGCUUUGUUUGCAGUCACCUGACUUCAGGGGAGAAAGAAGGUGACGAGCUUCGGAGGAAUUCGGAUGUGAUAGAGAUACUGAAGAGCACUCAAUUCCCGAAUAUCUGCAAGACGCCCGGCCAAAGAAUCCCUGAGAGAAUUCUCGAGCACGACCGAGUAAUCUGGUUAGGGGACCUGAACUACCGAAUUGCGUUGAGCUACUCAGAGACCAGGAAGCUUCUUGAGGAGAAUGACUGGGACACACUUCUAGAGAAGGAUCAGCUUAAGAUGGAAAGAGAAGCUGGGAGAGUUUUCACAGGAUGGAAAGAGGGGAAGAUCUACUUUGCUCCAACGUACAAGUACUCCAACAACUCAGACUCAUUUGCUGCAACAAGGAAGAAAAGGAGAACUCCAGCAUGGUGUGAUCGAAUACUAUGGUAUGGGGAUGGAAUUCAACAGCUAUCUUACGUCCGCGGCAACUCAAGGUUUUCCGAUCAUCGGCCAGUUUGUGCGGUUUUUAUCAUUGAAGUUGGUUUGCUUGAUCAAAGAUCAAAUAAGGGAUUGACUAGAUCAAAGAUGCCGGUCGAAAAUGAACAGCUCACACGCCUUGAUGCCCACCGGAUCUUACCACUCAACAAUCAUUACCUGGCUUUAAAAAGCAUGUACUAAAAUAGCCAACAAAUUACCUACAUGAUGGAAGAUACACCGAAAUCCGGUGUAUACAUGUGUGGACAGCUUGAUGAAGGGCCCAAAACAUCAGAUCAUGUGGGGAGCUCUAUAUGUAAUUCUCACAUCUCGAGUGCAAGAUUUAGAAAAUGGGUGUUUGAUCAUUUUACUAACAUAAUAUUGGUAAGCUCUUUCCCCAUUGAAAGAUCAUGCAUGCUUUUGUAAGAGAAACGAUAUAGUGCUUUGUGGGUGCACCGUAGGAUCAAUUGGCCCAUCCAUCACAACCGUCCAUUCGUACACAAAA